CGGUAAGCAGAGCGAAUGUCAUAUCUCCUCUAUCAGCUCUGAGGCACAACUGACCCUCCUACCCAUUGAACCAUAGGGCCUGGCGCGCGACAUGCGAGCGCGUCGCUUUCGCGAAGACGUACGCCGCGCCGGCAUUGCGCAGGAGCAACGCGCGAGAAGCGCAGCGAGUUCGACGCGACCAAGCACCAUCCCAAGUAGGAGCGGUUUCAGUGGGCGCACAAGCGAUGAACCCUCUUAUGCCCCGCCGUACGUCUGGCCUCCUGGCAGCAUGAAACCACGCAGGACCCACCUUGCAUUUCGCCAUCCGAUUCACUACGGGUCGCGUGACCGUUCUACAGCGCUCCCUGAUGCGCCUCCGUUGCUUGGAGCACGAACGAAUGGUUUCAGUAGCUUCUAUGCGACGCCGAAGGAUAGCUGUGUUGCGUCACCUGCAUUUCUCAAUCAAAAGACACCCGAGCCGGCAGCUCAGGAACUCGCGCCUGAGCCUCGUGUCAAAGUGGUCCGAGCAGCUCGCCCGCGCAGUUCGCCGCCAGUCGAUCCGAGGUACAGUAUCCAGCCGAUCAUGACUCGACCAUUUCUCGAGUACGGCCCGGAUGCCGGCUUCUCUUCUGCGAGGUACCAUCCCGAAGUUGAAACCUCGAACAUGUUCCCAUUACCUGGUGACGAGGACCUCGACGAUGCGCACUUGGCGCCGACUCUGGAAGACAGCGAGGAAGUCAGGGUGGAAUGGAAGCUGCGUACACGACCAUCGACUACGAUUGACGAGACUGGUUGCAUCAUCCAGAAAGGCUGGGUCACUCCCACGCGUUCCUCACGCAACACCACACCGCAGAGCUCAAGGGCGGUCUCACGCACCGCCACCCCGCAGCGAUCGACUGGCACUUCGCACAACACCACCCCCAUGCACUCGAAAUCGCCUUCGCCGGUGAUCCCACGCUCGGCCGCAAUGUCGUCUUCGCUGCUUACCCGCGGCCUGCACAUGCUACCAGAGACACCGACAAAGCCACCAGCACCGAAGACAUGCGCCCCACAAAUUACGUGGGCUGAUAUGCCGAACACCAGGAUCACUGCGUCUGCCGACAGCGCGGUAAUUGUGGAUGGAGCUGCCGAGGCCGAAACUGCGGCUCAGACUAAGCCGGUGACGCGUGCGCCGCAACCUGUUCGAAGCAUCCUCAAGAAUCGCAACGUCUCUGCUCCGGCGGGUGGCAGGCUUAACAAUAGAGGCAGAGGCCGUGCAGAUCUCGCAGUGAAGUAUUAGUGCACCGCGGAGAUUGAAGGAUAAUGGAGCGGCCCCGGAGGCGUUACAUUGAUGAUUUAUGAUACCCAACUUGACGAACCGAUCCUUUGAUGGCGGAAAGCUGUUUUUCUUGCUUGGCCUCGUGGAAGGCUGAGCUGAUGAAUUGUUGGUGCAGCACAGC